AUGGAAGAAGUUACAAAGAAGCUACCUGAUAUGCAUGUUGCACAGCUCAUGUUCCUCGCAACACAAUCACCUUCGAAUCAAGCUGUCAAGAAGGAGUUGAUAACAGAGAUAGAGAAAUAUAAGAUGCUACCACUUUAUAAGAAGUUGGCAGAGCAGCUGAAAUGGCCAGAGGAUCAUAAGUUGGUAGAGAGUCUAAAGGCUGAUAAUGAUGCAGAGCUUCAAGGAUUGGACGACAAGAUAAAGGAUGCUGUCGAGAACUUUGGUGAGUCAGAGAUCAGAGAGGCAAUGUUGGCAAAGUCUGAUUACUUCUGUCGAAUUGGUGAUAAGGAUAGAGCAUAUUCAAACUAUAGACAGACUUAUGAGAAGACUGUACCAUUGGGCCAGAAGUUGGACUUGGUGUUCACUUUGACAAGGAUGGGACUGUUCUGGAUGGACAAUGAGAUCAUCAAGAGAAACAUUGACAAGGCAAAGACGUUGGUCGAGGAGGGCGGUGACUGGGACCGCAAGAACCGUUUGAAGACCUACGAGGCAAUGUACUUGAUGUCCAUCCGUCAGUUCAAGGAGGCGUCGGAUCUGUUCCUCGAGACCGUGGCCUCGUUCACAUCGGUUGAGUUCAUCGAGUAUCCAAUCUUUGUCCAAUACCUCGUGCUGACCUCCAUGCUACACCUUGACCGUGUGUCCCUAAAGACCAAGGUGAUCGACUCGCCCGACGUCCUCUCGGUCAUCAACGACGUGCCACAACUCAAGGAACUCUUGCACUCAUACUACGAUGGAGAGUAUAACAAAUUCUUUGUACAUCUUGCUCACUUCUCAGACGCAUCAAAGAGCGACAGAUACCUCGCCGCUCACUCAAGCUACCUGACCAGAGAGAUGAGAAUCCUGGCCUACACUCAGUUCCUCGAGUCCUACUCUAGUGUCAAGUUGGAUUCUAUGGCCGAUCAGUUUGGUGUAUCAUUCGACUUCAUCGAUGGCGAGCUGUCACGUUUCAUUGCUGCUGGCAGGAUCAACUGUAAGAUUGAUAGAGUAUCUGGUGUUGUGGAGACUACAAGAUCGGACAUCAAAAACACAAUGUACAGACAUACUCUCCAACACAGUGACAACUUGUUGAACAGAGUCCAGAAGUUAUCACGUGUCAUCAAUGUA